GGAACAGCAUUCCUCUUUACAGAAAUUCAGCGCUUUGAGAACUUUGCUCAUCUACCCCCUUCGUCUGAGACAUUCAAUAUGAAUCAAUGUGGUGCUGUGCCUCUAUUGGCCGAUACCUGUCAGAUAAAAAUUGUCCGCCAGCAUUGCCUCUCGAUUGGAGGCAUCAGGAUCAGUCAAUUUCCAAACAAAAAAAUAUUUUACGAUUGGGCUAAAUCUGGUAUUAUCUUUCUUCUUCCUUUAGAAUGUGGGGCUAAGUUCCGUGAUGAAAUGUGCAAAAUUCGGAGCUUAAAUAGUUACGUGGCAACCUUUACUAAAGAUCUUUUCUAA